GCUUAUUGGCACAGUGCCCGGGGACACCGCGGAGCUGGUCAUUCCUGCAGACUUUGCCUUCGCUCCGCAUACGCACUUCCUGAUCUACACCGCCUCGAACUUCUCUGAGCAGAGUUACCCCAGCGCCCUGGCCAUCGUGGACACGUCGGCGAGCGCGUCCAAUCUUGCCUUUCUGGACUUGGAUUUGGAUGGCGGGGAAUUGGGUGGUCUCCUGCAGUGGACCCCGGCGCAAGCGCCUGCUGUGCAGGACUAUUUGGUCUACCUCGACACGUGGGCAUCGUUCGGGGGCCGAUCUCAGCUUGGCACGGCCACCAGCGGAUCCAGCCUGCUGGUUCCUGCGGAGACGGCACAACUCAGCUACGACCUGCUUGCUGUGUACACCAGGUCAAGCCUGGCAGAGCAGACGACCCCCGUAGCGAUCGCACCCGUGGACAGCGAGGCUCUGGCGGAGAAUGUCUCUUUCGUGGAUCUGGACCUUGAUGAGUUCGACUUGGGUGGGCUCAUCUCCUGGCUGCCUGCUGGGGACACAGCACUGGUCGCGUCCUAUGUCGUCUACUUUGCCGAAUCGGAUUGCGACUUGUUGCACGAGGACGCUAAUGGGACCUACACGAGCGAUGCUGGGACUCUUCUCGAGAAUGCAACAGCGCCGGCUUUGUGCAAUUUGUUGCGCAUCGCGACGGUGACCAACAGCAAUGCCACGAACACCAGUGAUUUCAGCAUCUUCCUUGAGCCGGAGACCUUGCAACAGAACUACACGCAUCUGGCCAUCUUCGCAAAGUCUGUCUUGGUGGAGCAAACCACACCUGCUUCACUGCUCAUCUUUGAUGCUGCAGCCAGUGUGUCGGACCUGGCUUUCGACGAUCUAGACCUUGACGAACAGCAAUUGGGCGGUAGCAUCACCUUCCUACCCCCGGCGUCCUCCGCGAAUCUUGUGGAUUCCUACGCGAUCUACCUGGCGCAAGGGGCUGAGACGAAGUGUUAG